AAUCAGUGAUUGCUCUGCGCUCAAAUUGAACAGUUUAGUGUGGUAGGGUUUGCUGACAUGGUUGGUUUGGGAAACGAAAGACGAUAGACAUUUGUCGAAAUGACAUUCAACCGCUCUGCUAUCGACGAAGCAAUCACUUAGUUAAUGAAUCUACUCAGCAAUCGAAACUUCACAGUAAAAUAAUGAAACGAUGUAUAUAACCUACAAACCUACUGAGUCACCUUUGCUUUGACGUAAAUACUCGUAGAAGCUGUUUAAUAAAUCGGUGCACAAAUAAGAAAAUUGAAAUAAGCUAAAGUAAAAUAUUAAUGUGGAAAAGUGCAACUGAGUAAAAAAGCACCGGGAACUAUUAAUAUAUAUACAUGCUUCGUAUUGUGCCUAACAACUACACGAAGAAUCGGUAAAAACAGAAGCAAAGCCUUAAUCGAAUCACUUGAAUCGUUCAAAGGUUAACAUUUUGUGAUCGACAGCGUAAUGGCGAUAAUGAAGGCAACCAACCUAUACAAACAGUGUACGAUUGGUACGUGCACAUGCAUAUGUACAUAUUUUGUUUUAUAAAUGUGUGUGAAUCAAAUAUGGAGAUAAUAAUUUAAAUUGCUGAGAACACUUAUUUUCUUUUUAAAAAGAAAUGUACUUUCUGCCUUGCUAAAGUUGUUGACGUUUCAAGUGUCAUCUACAUACAUACAUACACAAAUUGCAACUGCCGGUUUUAGCCCGCACUGUUACGCAUAAGUACCGAAAAAUUUUAACAAUUACAUUUACAGUGAACAUACAUAUGUAAAACAAUCAAUGAUUAAUAACUACAUCUGGUUUCAUGUAAAUAAAGUUUUACUAAAGAUAUACAGUUGGUUGCAAAUAAAUACUAUUUUAUAGUAAAGUUUGUAAAUAAUAAUAAUAUAGGUGUUACAAUACCAAAAACAUUCAAAUACGAAGGCCAAAGUCCAGAUAAAAUUUUAUGAGAUGGCUCAAAAAGAGUUUAUUCACAAAGUGCAAAAAAGUGUGCAGCAAACGAAAGCUAAAAAUUAAGAUGUCAGUAACUCCAAACCUCAAAUAAUUCCUCACUCUUAACGCACAUGAUGACUAACAGAGAACAGGUUUGGCAUAAAAAGAGAGCAUAUUCUGGUAGUAAACUAAAGAAAGAGACUAGCCAUUUACUUGCGCUGAUUGGGGCAGAACGGUCAUCCGCUAAACUCGACAUGUUGGCCAAUUUAGCCUACUUCAAGUGUGGAAAUCGUGCGAAACGGCUACAACGGUACCUGAGGUGUAAUAAAAUAUUUUGAAAAAAUAAACCAAAAACUAGAAAUUAAAAAAACGCUUUCCAAAAAAGUAAGCUCAGACUUUGAAAUUUGCGUCAAAACACACCGCAAUAAAAAACUAUUUAACUAAAAUAACGAACAAAAACAAACAUAUACAACAAAUGCCAAAGUGAACACAUAGUACAUAUGUAACUAUAUGACUCAAAACAAAGUAUUUAACCAAAUAAAAAAAAAACUAAUUUUAAAUAUCUAAGAAUAAAAUAUUCAGAAACUGAUGCCAUCUAAAUAGAAAAUAAACAGUCGUUAAGUGCCUGAAAGUACUAAUUUUAAAGUCAAAAAUUUUGUUGUUAUUUCCGAACAAAAUGCACAUUUAUUACAACUUUGGUCUACUCCUGAUAAUCUUUCUCAGCGUAAGUGCACACCAUACGCGUGCUGCUCCUACAUCCGCGAAUCACAACUCGUCAUAUGACGAUAAUUAUUCCGAUGACUACGAUGAUUACUAUGAUGAGAGUGAGACAAAUCGAAGUGACGAUAAAAUAAGUAUCGAUGCCAGACCGAUGACUACUUCUACAGUUGCUAGCAUAACUCCAACUACAAAUAAUGCGAAACCUCUCUUUAGUACAUCACCAAUCAAUUAUCCCCGUAGCAAUCAUGUGCUGGAGCCCAGUUGUCCUAAAGCCUGUCUUUGUUUGGAAGACUACAAGCACAUACUAUGCAACAGUGCCGAACUGACCCAAGUUCCAAAGGAUCUGCCGCACACGACGCUAAUUCUCGAUUUAAGCGAAAAUCAUAUAGCGGAAUUGCGUACUGAAGACUUUUCAAAUAUCACUAAAGUUCGUGAAAUCAAUUUAAGUGGCAAUCGGCUAAAAACGGUUAAUAACGAGGCCUUUGCGGAAUUAAAAUAUUUACAGCGGCUUCGAAUAACUGACAAUAAAUUGGCACAUGUUGAGCCCGACGCUUUUUCCGGCACUGAUCUAAGGGAACUGGAUUUAAGUAACAAUUCUAUAGUACUUAGAAGUGAUGGACCAUUCCUCAUACAGCCGGCCUUAUUGAAAUUUGACUGUCGUAAUUGUAGUUGGACUCAAUUAUAUGACGACACAUUCAAGGAGCUAGUCAGUUUAAAUUCUCUGAAGCUGGACCUCAAUGAUUUUGAUAUGCAAAUCAAUGUAAAAGCUUUUAUGCCGCUGCGAAACAUUAUUAAAUUGCGACUACCGGAAUUGGGACCAGAAAAAGUGGCCGAACUGUGUAAUUUACUGAAAACUAUUGACAACAUAAGCUUUAAACACUUCGAAAUCAGCUGCUUCGAGUUAGUACUGGGUACAUCUUAUAAUGAUAGUAUUACACUGGUGACGGAUCCACCCUACAUACCACCGGAGAUAGCGAUAGUACCAACUAAUGUGCCAGAGGCUGAACCGACUAAAGCUACCCCGAAAAGAGGAGGAACAAUAAACAAGGAAAUUGGUGUUCAAAAUAAACAGGCCCAGGCGGGUGCAACCAAAUCCCCCACACUUACAGCAGUAGUAAAACAACAGGAGAGUAAAAAAGAAGAAGCUAAGAUGCCUCACCUGAGUGCCUUUUCAAACUUGACAGCGCCUACAGCCACCACGAGAAUCGAAGAUCCCCUUAUUACGCCAAAGCCCUCAAUUUUAACUGCUAGUGUUUUAAGCGGCACAGAUGGUGCGGCAUUCAACAGUGCUGAGAAUACCACAGUCAAAUCAGCAGUUGAGACUGAUAGUAGCCAUCAAGUACAUAUAUCGCAAGAUAUGGUUAAUCUAUUGCUUAUAUGUAUCAUAAUCAUUGCGAUUGUCGGCAUCAUAAUUGGCGUAAUUUGUCGCAAAGAUGUGGGUGGCAUCAAGACAAAAUGUUGUCGCACAAGGAAACCUGAACUAAAGGAUCAAGUACGCCCUGCCGAAGAGAUACCAUUGAAUAAGUUAACUUAAAUAUUUUUUGAAAUCGACAUAGUAAAAUAAAAAGCUUGGUUCCAUUUAUAUGGAGAAACAUUUUAAGCAAUUGCCUGGAAACUUGCCUACAAAUGGGAACUAGGCAUUUAAUUUUAAAGGCCUAGAAGGAACAAAUAUUUAUAAUACUAAUCAUUUAAGAUGAUAUAUGUAUUCUAGUUUAACGAGAACUUUUUGUAUAGGCACGAAUGGAUUAAGUAGAAAGUAAAUAGUUUUAUAACCGUUACACACUUAAAAUAUUCCUAAUGCAGACAUUUGAAAGGGGGGGAAAUAUCAUGACGGUACUGCACAUGUAUACCAGCAUUCGGCAUUCCCACAUAUUUCUACGAAAAAUUGUUGGUAUAACAUUUCCUCCAAUGAUUUAAAUUGUUUACGGAUAUACUACGUAUAUAUGUAUGCAAACAUACUUUUUUGAUCGAUCCCUAGUCGCGUGUAGCACACCUUAGAUUUACUUAUGGCAGUUUCACAGCAAUAGUUCAUAAUUAUAUUUGUUGAAUUAAUGUUUACGUGUACAUUUUCAUAGAAGUUCACACAUGAAAAUCUAAAUAUGUGUAUAUUAAUAUUGUAGACAAAAUAUUAAUUGUGUGAAAAUAAAGGAACAAAAAUCAUUGAA